UCGUCCCCAGCGCGAGCGCAAUCCAUUCCAAACCUGAACCCCUGCGGCCCAGCCUCGAUCCCCCACAGCCCCAGUCAGUACUACUACCAUCCCUAUCCCAGCCAUGCCAUCGUCAUCGGCGCAUCGCCCUGCGCGCAAUAUCCUUGGCUCCACGCCCCUGCAACCCACUUCUUAUUUUAUUAUCCUCGUGAUGAUGAUGAGUCAAUAAGCGCAGUGAGGAGCGGUGAAGCAAAGCGAAGCUAACCCCCCAGUGGAGGGGGCGAGCGAGUCGACGAGCCGACGGACGAGCGCAAGACCGGCCGGGGCCGGGGCCGCCUAAUCCAGAGAGAGCCCCAGGACUUCUUUUCCGCCGCCAUGGCGUCGGGCAGCCGCGCCACGCCCACGCGCUCCCCCUCCUCCGCGCGACCCGAGGCGCCGCGUCACGCGCACCACCACCACCACCACCACUCGCAGUCGUCGGGCGGGAGCACGUCCCGCGCGGGCGGGGGAGGUGGAGGAGGAGGAGGUGGCGGGGGCACCGCGGCCACGGCUACGGCCACGGCCACGGAGUCGGUCUCCAAGGCCGUGGCGCAGUACACCCUAGACGCGCGGCUCCACGCGGUGUUCGAGCAAUCGGGCGCGUCGGGCCGCAGCUUCGACUACUCCCAGUCGCUGCGCGCGCCGCCCACGCCGUCCUCCGAGCAGCAGAUCGCCGCCUACCUCUCCCGCAUCCAGCGCGGCGGCCACAUCCAGCCCUUCGGCUGCACGCUCGCCGUCGCCGACGACUCCUCCUUCCGCCUCCUCGCCUUCUCCGAGAACGCCGCCGACCUGCUCGACCUGUCGCCGCACCACUCCGUUCCCUCGCUCGAUUCCGCGGCGCCGCCCCCCGUUUCCCUGGGUGCCGACGCGCGCCUCCUCUUCUCCCCCUCGUCCGCGGUCCUCCUGGAGCGCGCCUUCGCCGCGCGCGAGAUCUCGCUGCUCAACCCGCUAUGGAUCCACUCCAGGGUCUCUUCCAAGCCGUUCUACGCCAUCCUCCACCGCAUCGACGUCGGCGUCGUCAUCGACCUCGAGCCCGCCCGCACCGAGGACCCCGCUCUCUCCAUCGCCGGCGCAGUCCAGUCCCAGAAACUCGCGGUCCGUGCCAUCUCCCGCCUCCAGGCGCUACCUGGCGGGGACAUCAAGCUCCUCUGCGACACAGUCGUGGAGCAUGUUCGCGAGCUCACGGGUUACGACCGUGUCAUGGUGUACAGGUUCCAUGAAGACGAGCAUGGGGAAGUUGUCGCCGAGAGCCGGCGCGAUAACCUUGAGCCUUACCUCGGAUUGCAUUAUCCCGCCACAGAUAUCCCCCAGGCAUCGCGCUUCCUGUUCCGGCAGAACCGCGUGCGGAUGAUUGCUGAUUGCCAUGCCACCCCGGUGAGAGUCAUACAAGAUCCUGGGAUGUCGCAGCCACUGUGUUUGGUAGGCUCCACGCUUCGUGCUCCACACGGGUGCCAUGCGCAGUACAUGGCGAACAUGGGGUCAAUUGCAUCACUUGUUAUGGCAGUCAUCAUUAGCAGUGGUGGUGAUGACGAGCAAACAGGUCGGGGAGGCAUCUCCUCGGCAAUGAAGUUGUGGGGGUUAGUGGUGUGUCACCAUACGUCACCACGGUGUAUCCCUUUUCCAUUGAGGUAUGCUUGCGAGUUUCUCAUGCAGGCAUUUGGGCUGCAGCUCAACAUGGAAUUGCAGCUUGCGCAUCAGCUGUCAGAGAAGCACAUUUUGCGAACUCAGACGCUAUUGUGUGACAUGCUAUUGCGAGAUUCACCAACUGGCAUCGUCACGCAGAGCCCCAGCAUCAUGGACCUUGUGAAGUGUGAUGGGGCUGCACUGUAUUAUCAUGGGAAGUACUAUCCAUUGGGUGUCACUCCCACUGAGUCUCAGAUUAAGGAUAUCAUUGAGUGGUUGACGGUGUGUCAUGGGGACUCAACAGGGCUCAGCACAGACAGCCUUGCUGAUGCAGGCUACCUUGGUGCUGCUGCAUUAGGGGAUGCUGUGUGUGGAAUGGCGGUGGCUUAUAUUACACCGAGUGAUUACUUGUUUUGGUUUCGGUCACACACAGCUAAAGAGAUCAAAUGGGGUGGCGCAAAGCAUCACCCUGAGGAUAAGGAUGAUGGUCAGAGGAUGCACCCACGGUCAUCAUUCAAGGCAUUUCUUGAAGUGGUUAAAAGCAGAAGCCUACCAUGGGAGAAUGCAGAAAUGGACGCGAUACAUUCCUUGCAACUCAUAUUGCGUGACUCCUUCAGAGAUGCUGCAGAGGGCACUAGCAACUCAAAAGCCAUUGUCAAUGGACAAGUUCAGCUUGGGGAGCUAGAAUUGCGGGGGAUAAAUGAGCUUAGCUCUGUAGCAAGAGAGAUGGUUCGGUUGAUAGAGACAGCAACAGUACCCAUAUUUGCAGUAGAUACUGAUGGAUGUAUAAAUGGUUGGAAUGCGAAAAUUGCUGAGUUGACAGGCCUUUCAGUUGAGGAGGCAAUGGGCAAAUCUCUGGUAAACGAUCUUAUCUUCAAGGAAUCUGAGGAGAUAGUCGAAAAGCUACUCUCACGAGCUUUAAGAGGUGAGGAAGACAAAAAUGUGGAGAUAAAGUUGAAGACAUUUGGGUCAGAGCAAUCUAACGGAGCAAUAUUUGUUAUUGUCAAUGCUUGUUCCAGUAGAGAUUACACACAAAAUAUUGUUGGUGUCUGUUUUGUUGGACAAGAUGUCACAGGACAAAAGGUGGUCAUGGAUAAAUUUAUCAACAUACAAGGGGACUAUAAAGCUAUUGUACACAAUCCUAAUCCUCUGAUACCCCCAAUUUUUGCAUCAGAUGAGAACACUUCUUGUUCAGAAUGGAACACAGCCAUGGAAAAACUUACAGGAUGGUCGAGAGGUGAAGUUGUUGGUAAAUUUCUUAUUGGAGAGGUGUUUGGAAGUUUUUGUCGACUCAAGGGCCCAGAUGCAUUGACAAAGUUCAUGGUUGUCAUUCACAAUGCUAUAGGAGGGCAGGAUUAUGAGAAGUUCCCUUUUUCAUUUUUCGACAAGAAUGGAAAGUAUGUGCAGGCCUUAUUGACCGCCAACACAAGGAGCAAAAUGGAUGGUAAAUCCAUUGGCGCCUUUUGUUUUUUGCAGAUUGCAAGCGCUGAAAUACAGCAAGCCUUUGAGAUUCAGAGACAACAAGAAAAGAAGUGUUAUGCAAGGAUGAAAGAAUUGGCCUAUAUUUGCCAGGAGAUAAAGAAUCCUCUUAGUGGCAUCCGAUUUACCAACUCUCUGUUGCAAAUGACUGAUUUAAAUGAUGAUCAGAGGCAGUUCCUUGAAACUUGCUCUGCUUGUGAGAAACAGAUGUCCAAGAUUGUUAAGGACGCCACUCUCCAAAGUAUUGAGGACGGCUCUUUGGUACUUGAGAAAAGUGAGUUUUCUUUUGGAGACGUUAUGAAUGCUGUUGUCAGCCAAGCAAUGUUAUUGUUGAGGGAGAGGGAUUUACAACUUAUUCGGGAUAUCCCUGAUGAAAUCAAGGAUGCAUCAGCAUAUGGUGAUCAAUUUAGAAUUCAACAAGUUUUGGCUGACUUCUUGCUAAGCAUGGUGCGAUCUGCUCCGUCCGAGAAUGGCUGGGUAGAAAUACAAGUCAGACCAAAUGUAAAACAGAAUUCUGACGGAACAGAUACAGAGCUUUUCAUCUUCAGGUUUGCCUGCCCUGGUGAGGGCCUUCCCGCUGACAUUGUCCAGGAUAUGUUCAGCAAUUCCCAGUGGUCAACCCAAGAAGGCGUAGGACUAAGCACAUGCAGGAAGAUCCUCAAAUUGAUGGGCGGUGAGGUCCAAUACAUCAGGGAGUCAGAGCGGAGUUUCUUCCUCAUCGUCCUCGAGCUGCCCCAGCCUCGUCCAGCAGCUGAUAGAGAAAUCAGUUGAUAUAUGUUAAGAUCUGCACUGACCCCACCUAACUUCUCGGUCGAUUAGGUAACUUAGGUCCCUGAUAAGAGGGUGCCUAAUUUACAAGAAGCCUGGAAACAAAUCAAAGCUGCCAUGGCAAUUCAGUGAUUGAAUGUUGUUGAGGAUGUUUUCGGUGCGCCGCUUAAGUUUGAGUAUCCAUGCUGUGGUUUCAAGAUCAGAAUCCAUGGCGGGUGGUUAUGUACAAAUGCGGCAAAUGUGGUUCUUAGUGUAGGUUCAUGACCAGUUCCACGUAGUACAUAUAGCUUAUAUGUAUAUAUAAAUCUGUUCUGUACUAUGCAUAAGGAGUUGUUUCAGCUCCCACGGUUGUAUUUUGCAGGCCUUUCUAGGUCUACUGCACCCUAAUCUAGAUUUGGUUCCUCGCUUGAAAAUCGCCAUCUUAGAGCAAGUAUUAUAGCAAGCUGUAAGCUAGCUAAAUGCUAAGGUGGAGAAGAAAGAGUAAAAGCGGGUUGUAAGCUUAGAGCAAGUAUUAUGGUGGGCUGUAAGCUGGCUAAAUGCUGAGGUGGAGGAGAGAAGUGAUGAGAGAGUGUAGAAGGACUGUAAACUUCUUACAGUCAGCUUAGGCACAAGAACCAAGAAACUUUGUGAGAGAGAUAAGUGGGCCAUGUAUUAAUAGUGAAGAGCUAAUUAUUGUAUGGUGGGCUGGGAGAAAGCUGAAGUGGGCUAUAUUAUUAAACUUGCUCUUAUAGCCGGUUUAGACACAAAAAUCAAGAAAGUCUGUGAGACAGAUAUAUGAGUCAUGUAUUAAUAGUGAUGAGUUAACCAUUAUAUGAGUGGGCUGUAAAAAGACUAUAAAGAAAUCUUACUCUGUAUUAUAAUA